AAGCAUUCAGUAUCCAAUUGUCCUGUGAAGAUCUUUAGCCAGCCGUUCACUGGCUUACUUCAGAAUUAGUAGGGAACCCUUGUUUGCCAACAACAAACAGACACUGUUUGAGUUUUCAACCUCAUAUUCUGUGUUCAACUACUUUGGAAGACAAAACCAUUUGAUUCGUAUACUCAUAUUGGCCUGUUGAGCAGGUCCCAGUAAAUGCUCCUUGGCCAUUUAAUCCACAUUCAAUAAGAUAAAUAACAUAUGCCAUUUCAUCUAUAUAUAAGCAUCCACAUAGUUGGUCUACAAGCCAAGCUAAAUCUUCACAUACUCCAUUGACAGCUUUUGUAAUUCCAAACAAGCACCCUUCUGAGUCCUUUACGUCUACAAAAGAUAUACAAAGAAAAAGAGAAAUGGGCUUUCGGCUACCUGGUGUUAUUGCUAAGCAGAUUCUUAGAUGGUCCUACACAUCUAUAGAUGUACCAAAAGGUUUCCUUGCUAUAUAUAUUGGGUCAGAGACACCGAAGAAGAGAUUUGUGGUUCCAAUAUCGUAUUUGAACCAACCUUUAUUUCAAGAUUUGCUAAGUAAAGCUGAGGAAGAGUUUGGUUACGAACACCCAAUGGGUGGUUUGACAAUUCCCUGCACAGAAGGCACCUUCAUUGAUGUCAUUUCUAGCUUAAGCACAUCAUAG